UGCCUGCUCCCGGAGGACGUGACGACCCUGGUAGACGCGUACGUGCGGAUUCUCUCGGCGGACCACUGGGACGACGCCAAUGGGAAGUACCUCGCCGAUAACUUUAUCGAUCGGUCAGACAGCAUCAACAGCCUGGCGGGGAAGCCCCUGGGUACGGCCACGUUCCCGACGAAGAAGUCGUUUAUUGACUACGAGACCGCCACGCCGGACCACCUUCCGCUGGUGGUGACGCACUCGACGCCGACGUCGUGCACCGAGAUCGCACUCAUCUGGCAGGCGACGUUUGGCGUGGACCCAGAGAAGCAGCAGCAGGUGCGCGGGUUGACCAUCAUUGGCGCGACCCACGCUGCGGGGUCCUGGCAAAUCCAGUCUCUGGACGUCGAGUUCAACAACAUCGCGUACUUGGAAAACAUUGGGGGGUCCAUCAACCCGCCGCCCCAGUGA